CGCCUUGGGAGGAUGCACCUCUGACGUCACGGCAAAACUGUCCUAGUAAUAUAUAAGUGCCUGGAGAAACGUGAGAAAACGGCUUGUUGCGACUGAAGACAUUAUAGAUGGUGGUGACCUACUAUUUGGAAUACGGGCAUUCCAAAAAAGUCAAAAGGAAUAAUUAAUAAUCAGAAAUGACCUGUGUUCAAAGUCAACAUGGAGUCCAGUCCUAUGAGAGCACCCUCCUCAGCCCUGAGUUUCUGAACCCCGACUUCACCUCCAGGUUGGACAUGGACGUGGGUGACCAGCGAGACCAGUUUUCUGCCCCCUCCCUUCCAAGCAUUACCUCUCUGGUCGGAGGUUAUGGGGGCGAGUUCGAUACCUACUCCUGCCAGAUCUCCGCCGCCACUGCCUCACCUGGCACAGGCGUCCACCAAGGAACUUCAGCCUUCAGUCCAGAAGACCUCCAGGUUUAUGGAUACUACCCUGGCACAUUCACCCUGAGCUAUGUGGACGAGGCACAGGUCACAUCGAGUGGCCCCGACUGCUACGGCAGCCCUGCCUCGGCACCUUCGCCCUCCACUCCCAGCUUCCAGCCCAUACCCACCUGGGACGGAGCCUUCGGAUCCUGCUCGCCAGAGCCGGCCUGUUGGGCUGCGGAGAAGACACCACUCUCCCAGACAUCUUCCUUCUUCACGUUUGGCCCAGUGACGGGGGAUGAGCUGUCUCAACUGCGGCACCUGCCACCCCACCUCUCUGACCAGGACCCCUUCUCUCUGGGCCAGUCAGGCAGCUUCGCUCCACUCAGCUUGGAUCAGAGCAGCGCGGACGCCUCAGCCCCGCGCGAUGCCCCGGCGUCUCCCAAAGCCAGGAGCCCCACAGGAAGUGAAGGCUGCUGUGCAGUGUGCGGGGACAGCGCCUCCUGCCAGCACUAUGGGGUGCGCACAUGUGAGGGUUGCAAGGGUUUCUUUAAGCGAACGGUACAGAAAAAUGCCAAGUAUGUGUGUCUAGCCAAUAGAGACUGUCCAGUGGACAAACGGCGGAGGAACAGGUGUCAGUUCUGCCGCUUUCAGAAAUGCCUAGCAGUAGGGAUGGUGAAAGAAGUUGUCAGAACAGACAGCCUAAAGGGCAGGAGGGGCCGUCUUCCUUCCAAACCAAAACCUGCUCAAGAAUCUGGAUCCUCUCCUGCAAACAUCAUUGCCUCUCUGAUGACAGCACAUAUUGACUCAAACCCAUCUACUGGAAAUCUAGACUAUUCAAAGUAUCAGGAAACAGUGACUAGCCUGUCUGAAAAAGAGGAUGCCAGUGACAUUCAGCAGUUUUAUGACCUGCUGACAGGAUCGAUGAGUGUGAUCAGAAAGUGGGCAGAGAGCAUCCCAGGAUUCACCUCCUUCUGUAAGGAGGACCAAGAUUUGCUAUUCGAGUCAGCCUUUGUUGAGCUCUUUAUUCUGCGGCUAGCUCACAGGUCAAACCCAGAGACGGGUAAGCUGAUCUUCUGCAAUGGGGUGGUCCUGCACCGCAUGCAGUGCGCACGGGGAUUUGGUGACUGGAUCGACUCCAUCAUGCAGUUCUCCCAGAAUUUACAUCGCCUCGACCUCGAUGUGGCUUCCUUCUGCUGCCUGGCCACUCUUGUCAUCAUUACAGAUCGGCACGGCCUGAAGGAGCCCAAACGCGUGGAGGACUUCCAGAGCUGCCUGAUCCCAUGCCUGAAGGAGCACGUGGCGGCUAGCAGCUCGGAACUUGUGCGUCCCGGCUGCCUGUCACGCCUCCUGGGGAAACUCCCGGAGCUCCGGACACUCUGCACCCAAGGCCUGCAGCGCAUCUUCUACCUUAAACUAGAAAACCUGGUCCCGCCCCCACCUAUUGUGGAUAAGAUCUUCAUGGACACGUUGCCUUUCUGAAGGGGAAAAGAGAAAUCACCAGGGGUGUGGGUGGUGUGGGGGUCGGGGGUCAGCAUGUCACAUGAGCAAAAGACGUGUUUAUGUGAGUUUGACGAAAGACUCGGAGUAGAUGUGUACAAGCACUCGAGGGUUCCAGUUAAAGGACUCUUAGGUCUGCUGUUCUCCACUUUCUCGGAAUAAAUGUAAUGGACGAUAAUGGCGUACCACCACCACCUUCUCACCAGCGGGCCUGGAUCUCUUUCUCACAUCGUCACACAAUCGGAAGGAGUUAAAUGGUCUUGAACACUCAGGAAGAUCUUACAGGAUUGCAAAGUGGUGGUUUGGCAACUCUGCUUUUUCAGCCUUUUUUGGAAUUGUGACUUUUUGCUUUCUGACUUAUCUACUAUAGUCAUCACUUUGUGUGGGUGACAACACUCACAGUACAUGGUGUCAGAACGGCUUAGCCGGAAGAGCAGUCAUACACAGAUCUUCACACUUAAACAGUAUUAAAACUUUGUAUAUUCCAGGCAUGUGUGCAUACGUGUCAAUUACAUCAAUAGAACUCAUUGGUGCUUAAAAAACAUACCUGUGGUUUAUUAGAAGCUGAAGAGGCCAUGGACCAAACCAACACUGUUUACUUGGAUGCACAAAUUUACAAAUCAAAGCCUUAACCAUCCUUAACUUAAAACAAUGCCUGAGUAAAAAAAGCUAAAAAUCAUUUAAAAUAAUCAGCAUUUAUUGGCAAUAAUGCAUUGGCUGCAUGGUGAAGGGUGAAUACGAUCGAGUACUGCAUUCCACGUUGCUGUAGGUUCAUAUUUACAGGUCAGAUGUGUCACCCAGAGACAAAAGGAAAGUAGGAGACCUCUGACCUUCGAUUGCUUAGCAAUACACCGGCCAUUUAGGCUUUAGUGCCUGGGGUAGAAGGGAAGGGGUGGGGCACUAGGUGUUGCCCCAUAAAUGUCAUGCUUACAUAACAUGACUAAGUGGGGUUGGUACACAGGCCUGCAUCUCUGUGAUAAGUGGCGCAUGUUGAGAGUGCAGGUAUGGAAUAGGUUACGUUAGUGACUAUACAUUUCCUUCUAAUGGUUUCUGGACAUCUGAGGUUAAUGUCUGAUAUACUUCUUGAAAGCCAGUGCAGGUACUUUACAAACAGUCUUUUACAAGCAUUCAUUUCUCUGACCGAUUAUUAUACCGAGUAUUAUCAUUGACUGAUUAAUUUGUUUAGUGUGCCAACCAGACUUUGAGGUAUACAAAUUUGUAUGUACUGUAUUAUUGAGAUAGCUAAAUAUUUUUUUGUUUGCAUAAUGUAAUAGUGAGAAAGUUUGGGCAUUAUGGUUUUCUUUCCUUUUUUUGAUAUAAUAUUUUUGAUAUUCUUAGACAUUGUUUCUCUUCAUUAUGAUUGUUGUUGAGCACUAUGUAUAAAAAAUGAUGAACAAUCA